AUGUGGCACGCUCGUUGCCGACGGCGGCGCAGAACUGCAAUCAUUUAUCGGCGCUCGCUUGAGUCAGAGCUCGAAGCGCUCUUCUUGGAGAGCCCCUGGCGCAGGGGUUUGGAGCCGGCGGAGGAGUCCAAGCCAACAAGACUUAGCUUCCUGGGCAAGCUGCCUGAGGACCUUGUGGGGACAGUAUACCGGAAUGGGCCAGGGCGCAUACGAAUUGGAGAAUCCAAAUAUGAUCAUUGGUUUGAUGGUGAUGGCUUCGUAACUUCCCUCAGUGUGGAUGGGAGGAACCAAGAGGCCGCUUUCACGUCGCGCUUUGUGAAGACCCAGAGGUAUGAAGUGCAGCAGAAGUCUGGGGAGCUUGUCAGAACCGAAAGGGGCUCUGGAAUGGCAUCGAUGGGUGCAUGGACGCCUGCCUCGAACGGCGGUUUUCUGUCAAAUGUCUUCAGAUUGCCUACAAACCCUGCAAACACAAAUGUCCUGUGGUGGGACGAUAGAUUGCUGGCGCUGUGUGAGGGUGGCAUUCCGUAUGCUUUAGAUCCAGGAAAUCUGGAGACACUGGGCGAGGAGCUAUUCCGUGAUCCGCCCCUUUCGCAAAGCGGAGUACAGUUUUUUUCCGCUCAUCCGAAACGCGACCCAGACUCUGGAGAGCUCUUUAACAUAGGACUGAAGAUUGGGCUUGAGCCGACCCUGGAAGUCUACAAGUGCUCUGCCAAUCGAUCCUUGAUGAAGCGGACUGUCCUCGCUUUGACAGAUUUGACAUUCGUCCAUGACUUUGCCAUAACACGGAAGCAUGUGAUUCUCAUCAUCCCACCCUGGAGUUGUUCGACCACUGGCCUCGCCAAGAGUCUCUGGAAGGGAGCGAUGGCACAGUUCUUCGAGUGGAAGGAGGACGCAGGAACCAGGCUGAUCGUGCUGAAACGCAGUGAUCUGUCUGUUGUCUUCGACAGCACACUGCAACCGGCAGUCUCCCUUUACCACACGGUCAAUGCAUAUGAUGAUGACAACGAUGCUGCGAUAUGGCUUCAGAUUGCUGCACACAAUGGACCCCGAGAAGAUGUCGAAAAGAACUUUGCAGACAUGUAUCGGAGCAGAUGGUCAGAUGCAACCCGCUGUUCUCUGCGAGAGCUCCGGCUAGACCUCGUGUCCGGAAGCAUUCGGAGCAGUGCACUGGGACCUGAAGCUGCCUCAAGCUUUGAGCUCCCAAGCAUACAUCCAGCCUUUGUGGGCCGCCGCAAUGAAUACGUUUGGACCAAUGCGGCAUAUCCGUCUGAUGCCGCAUUCUUGAACUGUGUGGAGCGGCUGGACAUGUAUGGAAACUCGGUGGACCGGGCCACGUUCGGCCCUUCGCAGUUUGCAGGCGAGCCGAUGAUCAUUCCAAAGGCAUCCACUUCAGAGGAGCUGGCGGCGUACAUGGCUGGCUUUAGUUUUGUUUAG